AUGGCCAACAAGUUCGUUUGCUGUUUAUUGCUGUUGAUCGCAGCAACAAGUACCAAUGCUGCUAGCAUUGAGACCAGUGUACCCACCAACAGUAGCGCUCACUCAUACCUCGUCUCAAUACAGGGUACUGGUGGAAACCCCAUUUGUGCUGGUGUUUUGAUUAAAAAGAAUAUCGUUGUUACUGCUGCCACUUGUAUAAAUUUCUAUGAUCCUACUCAAUUGGAAGUAGCUGUAAAAAAUGGAACUCAGAUCAUAAAAAUUGCUGCGUACACCUUUAAUCCUAAUUUCGACUUCACCACCAUGGAUUCUGAUGUGGCUGUCAUAAAAUUAGCAGAAUCCGUAGAUGCACAGUACGUAACAUUAGCUAGCAAACAACGGCCUACUGGUGCUAGUGGCGUACUCAUCGGUCUGUAUUCUAACAAGACUGUGGUUGAUGCUGAUGAAACUAUCCUAACCGCUAAGGAUUGUGUUUCUGGAAAAUAUAUUUACGAAGAUGGUGAUCUCACUGACACAAUGUUUUGUGGUCUGGCUAAUGACGAUGCAUGCAAUUUUAUUCCUGGAAGCCCCUUGCUGUCUCACAAUCAUUUGGUUGGUUUGGCUUCUUGGGGUUAUGGUUGUGGCAAUCAAGGUGGUCCAGCUGUUUACACAGACGUUCCAUCCUUGAUUUCAUGGAUUAAAAGCACUGAAAAGAGUUUGUGA